CAUUCAGUGUGAGUGCGGUGUUGACCAGUGGACGGGCGCGCCUUCCUCGUAUGUGCUCUCACAACAACAGCGCAACUGCCAACAUCACUGUAUAGGAUAAACCUCGAUUUGGAUUUAGUAUCUCUAGCGGUGCUAUACUGAGUUCGAACGUCUCUCAUGUGAAAGAUGGUGCAAAAAAUCCGAAUAGACGAACGAAAAGAAACCACUGGUGAAGUGAAACAUUGCCGACGUUGCGCAAUCCUAAGCGUACCUAGAUAUCACUCUUCACUUGAACGCGCGACUGGUGCACUAGCGCCUUGGCUAAGCAAACGCGACUGAGAAGGUCAACACCGCACUGAAAUUUUGCUCUCACCUCCAACAACUCACAACACCAUGGAAGACACCAACAUGGCAACCUCUUCGCUGCAUCAGCAGCAUCAACAAUUCGGCCAAGGCCUUGGUAACAACGGCGAUGGCCCGCCUGGCGACAGGCAAGAUGACAAGUCCCAACGUGGGCACUACGCGGAUGUCAUCCGCCCGCCUGAUUUCAUGGCAGUCAUGAAAGACGCCGGCGUGAAGCACUUUCAUACCCGGUGCAUGAUGUGCGGUGAGACGGCAACGUCACACCACCGCAAGACCUGGCGCGAAUGCCGAGGGCGUUGUCCACUCAACCCCAAUCAUACUCACACUCAGCAGAUCUGCCCCGACCUGCUGAAGGUUGCCAACGAGGAUUGGUGUAUAGCGCAUCUGGAAGAGAGCAUGAAAGCUGAGCGUGAUACCGCUCGUGGGCCAGAGACGCUGCAGCGACAAGAGCAGCGACGAGAGUCGCAAUGCGAGCACCGACAUGAGGCGCCAGGCGUUUCUAGCCUAGACAGGCAGGCUCCCGCGGCUCCUCCGAAAUUCUCCAAUGCGGCUCCUCCGCAAGGUAACUGGCAGACUAAUAGGUCGCCAACGCCAUAUCUCGACGACAGAAGGUCGAGUUCCGGUGAGCGCUACGGCGCUAUGUAUAGUCCUGUACCUGAGACAGGACAUGAUCAUCAUGGUGGUUAUACUGACCAUAGGUAUCCUUCCGAUGGAGAUAGAUACCCAAAACUCACUGGCCGAGGCCGCAGUCGGGACGUACGUGAGCGGAGUCCGCCACUGCCUGAAGAGAGUGUCGACCAUGGCACUCAAGCGAUGAUCGCUAACCCAGGAAGCCCUCAAAUAACGGGCACACGCAACAGGAACCAGGCUGUUCAAUACAGCCCAAGCACCCAUAAGACGCCGGCUCAGCCGCACAACGUGCCAGCAACCGACCCUACGGACCUCCUAACUGAUGUCGAUAUCGACUCCACCGAGCUGCCUGGUAUGGCGCUUAUUGACGUCGACCGCUAUGUAGACCUAGCACGGAGAAUACCGACUGAUGGUUUCUUGCCGCUGAUCAAGGCGGGUUUCGACGAUGAGCGCGCCUCAGGCUCGCCAUUGAGUGGUAUCAUGGAAGAUCCCGAGUUCCCUCCCGUAUGGCAAGGCGCCUGUGAUCGGUUUUUCUGUUCCAUGAACGAAGAGGUCCUUAUUGAGACCAUUGCUGGCAACAUUGAUCUUGCUUACCUGAAAAGCCGGGCCGCUGGUACUGACGUCGCACAGUACAUUGACAAGCUGCGAGAUCGCGCUUCAUACCAUCCUUCGUGCUAUGUACGGCCCUUGACCGAUACUAACGGCUCCGCCAUGUCGCUUGACCAUUAUGAGCAGAUGCUAGACAUCGCUGAGCGCUACUGCGAGCGCAGUGUGGCACAUGCCACCGAAGCGUACAACAUCGACUGCAUUGCCGAUGAAGAGGAAUCUCAGACGACGGAUUCCCAAGACACCACUGGCUGGUCCCUCGAUGAUUCGAGGAAAGUAUGUUGGGUACGCAAUGAACGCCGCAAAGCGGCGCAAAGGCCACGAAAGCCGGAACUCGGCUAG